GCCUACUGCGGCCUUGCCUCUCCGGACCUCAGAUCGACCUCCACAAUCCAAUCUUGGACUACCUGAAGCUGACCAGGAGUUUGCAGAGGAAUAUCUACAGCACUUCUAUGGCUACAGGUCCAAGUCAGAGCGAAAGAAGAGGUCUGCAGACGCAGAUGUAGAUGGUGACUGGAAUACUGAACUCUGCGAAAAGGUCCAGGAGAUGCAGCGCUUCUUUGGUUUGCCUCCGAGUGGAGAGCUGACCAAAGAGACUCUGGCAGUUAUGAAGAGGCCUCGCUGUGGUCUGUCUGACGUGGAAAGAUUUGGAGACACGAUCCGCUGGAAGAAGAACACCCUCAGCUACAGGAUCUCUGGCUACAAUACCUCCAUCCCAGCAUCAAAGGUUCGAAAAAUCUUCAGAGCGGCAUGGAAGAUCUGGUCCAACGUUACACCGCUUAAAUUUCGAAAGCGGAACAGGAAAGAGGCUGACAUCGUCAUUUCCUUCAAGAAUGGCGAUCAUAAGGACGGCGCUCCUUUUGAUGGUAAAGGAGGAGUCCUGGCUCAUGCCUUUCUGCCUGGGCAUGGUAUCGGUGGAGACGUGCACUUUGAUGCUGAAGAAGACUGGACCUUCAAUUCUACUGGUAGUUUCAACCUUUUUACCGUAACAGUCCAUGAAUUCGGCCAUGCACUCGGCCUGCCGCACUCAUCUGACCCCGGAGCUAUCAUGUACCCAACAUACAACUUUGCCCCCAGUUUUGACCUGCAGCUCUCCUUCCGCGAUGUCAAAGAUGUCCAACACUUGUAUGGUAUCAGUCCCAAUUUUGAUUCCCUCUUCUCAAAAAAACCUCCUCCAAGAACGCCUGAGAAAUGUGAUCCAGACUUGUCCUUUGAUGCUGUAACAGAAUUACAACAGGAAACCCUGUUUUUCAAAGACAGAUUUCUGUGGCGCAAACAUCCUCACUUUGAAGAAACGAGAAUCACCCUGAUAAGCAGUCUGUGGCCAGAGAAUGUGCCUGCAAACAUGGAUGCUGCCUAUGAGAAUGUGGAGAGGAAUUUGAUUGUGUUUUUCAAAGAUCAUCAAUACUGGCUGCUGAGGCAGUUACAAAUCCAGGAGGGUUUUCCAAAAAACAUCUCCAGCUUGGGCUUUCCCUCCAGAAUACGAUCUGUAGAUGCUGCCCUUCACUUCAGAAAUGAGCGAUACACCGUGUUCUUCACCGGCCACGAGUGUUGGAGGUAUAAUGAGCGGGAGGAGAUGAUGGAGGGACCACCAACACUUAUAGAGAAGCAGUGGCCGGGGAUUCCAACUCCAAUAGAUGCAGCUGUCUUCUAUGAUGGAUCCGUGCACUUCUUCAAGGGAAACAUCUACUACAAGUUUGACUCCAACUCCAAACAUGUCGUGUCCACCGGCACUACUAACGAACUGUUGGAAUGCAAGCAGGCCGACAAUGAAAUCUGAAACGAGAGGAGAUAAUUGAAGUGUUACAAAACCGAACUGUGUAUUGAGCAAUAACCACAAUGUACGUAGUACUAAAUCAAGUAAUUCUGAAUAACCAAGGGAAGUGGUUAAAAGUGUUUAAUCAGUGUUUAAUACAAUGAUGAAAUAAUGGCAUUUGUACCUUGUAUCAAAGUACAGUUUUUUUCCAGAUGAUGUUUUAUUCUCUUUGUGUUAAUAGGAUGAGGGUUAAAUACU